ACACAAAAUAAUUAAAAUACAAAUUAAAAAAAAAAUACAAAAACAAUGUGCUAAGUUUUUAAAAUAAGUUACAGAAAAAGGAAUAAAUAUAUUCGAAAAUAAAUUUCGAAAACUAUUCGAAAUAUGUCGUUUAAACGAAAAAAGAUACUUUGCCCUCAAGUGGACUAUGUGAAGGAUAAAGUGCAUGAAGACUGAAUUUACUGUAUAUAUAGGUGAAUGUAUAUUUAUAUAUGGUAUAGAGAAAAAUAAUUUUUUCGCCAUGUAAGAAGAAAAAGGAGAGGCAGACAACACGUCAAGAGGACUUUUGGCAUUGGAAAAUUUGUUCGGGGGGUGUUAAAAGCUCGGCAGUAAAUGUGAAAAGAAAAAUAGAAGGGGCAUUAAUUCACAAUGGGUUGCAAGCUUAGUAAAUUGGCGUCCUCGACAACUCAGAAUCAAACUGGCCGCGAUAGUCCGCCACCGCCAGCAGCCACGGAUCCGCGACUUCCCCUUUCCGCGAGGCAAAAGUACACAAUUAUUGCGAGUUGGAAAGCUGUUGCCCGAUCUAUGGAAACAACUGGCGUCUAUAUGUUCAUUAAAUUAUUCGAGAAUAAUGCGGAAUUACUAGAAAUGUUUAAAAAUUUUAAACAUCUAAAAACAAAAGACGAACAAGCAACGAGUACUGAGCUUGCGGAUCAUGCGGUGAAAGUAAUGACGACAUUAGACGAAGGUAUUAAGGGUUUGGACGAUAUGGAUGUUUUUCUUUCCUAUCUACAUCAAGUGGGCGCGUCACACAGAAGAAUUCCAGAAUUUAAACGUCAAUAUUUUUGGAAUAUCGAAUCGCCGUUUCUGGAGGCAGUAAAAAGGACCUUAGACGAUCGAUACACGGAGAAUGUCGAGAACAUAUACAAGUUAACCAUCAAAUUCAUCAUACAGACACUGAUCGACGGUUACGAUAACGCGGCAUUAUAAUCCGUGGGUAAUAUUUGUUAGAAAAAAUUUUAUUAAGGUCGUUAAUUAACAAAAAAAGAACUUGAUCCUUUAAAUCGAAAAAAAAGGAAAAGUGAAAAAAAAGAAUAUCCAUUUGA